CUGCAAUUUUGAGUGCUUGUGGCGGCCUAACCGCCGCUAGCGUUCGCGUUAUCCAGUGCUUUUGAAGCCUUGGCUCGCGGCGCAAAACGCUGUACGCAAGCGAGCGCGCCAGCCACGCCACAUCAAAAAGACUCGAUGGCCCAGCAGCUCUACACCGUCACCGGCAAGCACGGCGCCGUCGUGCGCGCCGGCCCGGAGACGAGCUCCGCCCUCGUCGGCACCGUGCCGGUCCUCGAGGUCGUCAAGGCGCUGGAGGCUACGACGAACUCGAAGGGCGUCGAGCGGUUGAAAAUAGAAGGCGCGGCGAUGACUGGCUGGGUGUCGCGGCGGCUGCUGGAGAAAGCCGACGCCAAGAAGUCCAAGGACCUGAAAAUAGCCGUGGAGUGGAAGGACGGGGACACGACCCUCAAGCGGCUCGCCGUCGAGGCCGAGCCGGGGGCGACGGCCCACGACGUCAAGCUGAGCCUCGAGGCGAUGACGCGCGUGCCCGCGGCGCGGCAGGUCUUAGUUAAAAAUGACGUGGAAUUGCCGGACCACGAGGGCGUCGCCGCGGCCACACUCAUCAUGCGCGAGGAAAAGCAAAAACCGCGGCCCGACCUGCAGACCGUGCGGGGUGGCGAAACCUUGGCGGCCUUCCUGCCGCCGCCUGCCAAGGUCGUCGAGGAGGAGGCCGAGCCCCUGCACCUGCGGUCGCACGGCACGCUCUGCGGCGGGUCGUUCACGACGCGGAAGAGGACGCCGUUCUACGCGGCGCGGCACUUGAACGCGAAGGCCGCGGCGCCGUCGGACGACGCCGUCGAGGCGCGCGCCGCGGCCGUCGACGUCGACGCGGCGCCGUCGGACGACGACGACGACAUCGACGAGCCUAUUGUGGAGGAGGUCGACCGGCCCCGCUGUCAGGUGCCGCCGCCGCCGCCGCCUCCACGCGAGAAGAAGCCGAUCGUCGUCGACGUGACGGCGCCGAAGGCGCCCGUCACGACGCAGGACGUGCGCGCGGCCGGCGGCCCGCCGCCCCAGAAGGCCGUCUGGAACUCCAAAGAUACGUGGGAGGAGCGCGACGUGACGGCCUGGGCCGUCGAAAGGUUCGCGGAGUUGUUGCAGGAGGAGGUAUGUCAGGUGUCUCCCUCGAUCAACUUAAAGUUCCGCGACGUGCUUCGAGUCGUGGGCGACGCCCAGGUCGUCGUGUUUCAAAGGCGGACGCGGUACUUGUUUGAUUUUUCCGAGGUUGAAAUCGCGUGGGCCGCAGAGAACAAAGAGGGGAGUCCCUUGUUCAACGGCCGCUGUAUUAUCCGCGACGCGGCGUCGGGCGCCGCGGCGGCGGAUUUGGAGCUCGAGACGGCCUUCGCGCCCGCUACCGAUGACGAGAAGGCCGUGAACGACUUUCUGCGGCGGCGCGGCGAGGGCUUAAACUUAAGGGCGUCGGUCGGCGCCGCGCUCGAGCGCUUCGAGGCCGAGUUCGUGCGGCUGUCGGGCGAAGGAGUGGCCUUGGCCGUCAAGUUUCCCAAAUCCAAGCGCCUCGCGAAGCGGUGAUUGGACGCGGCGACGGCCUAUUUUGUGAUUAACAUUAUAUCAAAC